AAAAGAAACGUAUUAAGACUAGAAAACGUAGUAUUCUGCAAUCUCUUGGUCCAGGCUCCUAAAAUACUUCAAUAUUUGCUUGUAUAACUAUCUCGAUAGUUUCAAGUUCAAUCACCAUUCACACCAUCGAUAGCUUAACUUUCAUCGUCGAGCCUUUCCCAUCCCUAACACUCUGCUUGGCAAGUUGAACCUGACCAAAAAGCGGGCCACUUCAGCCGGACAGACGGAAGAGCGCCAACGCGACUACUGCCACUAGUUGCUCGCUCCCGACACCACCACCACAACCACUGCCAGCGCCGUGUGCCCAGUUAGCUCCGGGUUCCAGAGCGCCGUCCAGCAGAGCAGACGCUCCACGUGUCCCCGAUCCGGAGAGAAAGCGCCAUCCAACGAUCCAGUGAUGCAGGCUCAUGGACUACUCCUAGUACUGGCUUUGCUGCCCACACUGGCCCUCGGCCUCCUGGAGGGCUUGUACUGCGGCAAGGAGAACUGCUACGAUGUGCUGGGCGUUACCAGGGAGUCCUCCAAGUCGGAGAUCGGCAAGGCCUACCGCCAGCUGGCCAGGCGCUAUCAUCCGGAUUUGCAUCGCGGCGAGGAGGCCAAGGCGACGGCGGAGAUACAAUUCAAGCUGGUGGCCACCGCCUACGAGAUCCUGCGGGACGAGGAGUCGCGCACAGAUUACGACUACAUGCUGGACAAUCCGGAUGCAUACUAUGCGCAUUACUAUCGCUACUAUCGUCGCCGCGUGGCCCCCAAGGUGGAUGUACGCGUUGUCAUUGUGGUGGUGCUCACCAUUGUCUCCGUCAUCCAGUACUAUUCCGGCUGGCAGCGCUAUGACUCGGCCAUCAAGUACUUUGCCACGGUGCCCAAGUACAGGAAUCAGGCGCUGGACAUAGCACGAGAUGAGAUCCAGGAGCGGAUCCAGAAGAAGGGCAAAAAUCGCAUGUCGAAAACGGAUCAGCGUGAGGAGCUGGAACGUAUUAUACGACGGGUGAUCGAGGAGAAGAUGGACGUCAAGGGCGGCUAUGCGAAGCCAACCCUCUGGGAUGUCCUGUGGGUGCAGCUCAUCAUCUGCCCGUACACGAUACUCUCGUUUAUUGUGUGGCAUGCGCAAUGGUUUUGGCGCUACACGGUGAUGAAGCAGCCCUAUGGCCGGGAGCAGAAGCUGCAUCUGAUACGCCGACACCUGGGCAUGGGCCAGCAUCAGUUCGAGGCGCAGGAGGAUAAGCUAAUCGAGGAGUAUCUGCAUCUCGAGCUGUGGAAGCGUGACAAUUUCGUGGCCUGGAAAGCGGAACAGGACGAGGAGAUGAAAAAGAAGCUGGCGGAGAAUCCGCGCUACAAGGCCUAUCGGCGUUACAUGAAGAACCAUGGCCCCGGGCGCAUCACCUUCGAGGAUUAGCCAACCAACCAGUCAGCUGUUGCCUGUGUGUGCGUGCGUUCAAGUUUUAUUGUUCCAUGUGAAGUUCUGGAUGCAAUUCCUUAGCCUCGCCCCUACCGUCUAAAUUUUAAUAAUAAUAUUUAAUAUAACACACAUAUAUUUAUAUAUAUAUAUUUUUUGUACGCCGACUAAAAAAUAUGAGAGAAUAUGUAAAUGCCCCCGGCUUACCCCUCGGCCGCAGGGCGAAUCGUUGACCCCGGGCCGGAGUGCUCCGCCGAAACCGGUUCAAGAACGUGGCCAAAGCUCGGCCACAGUGGUCGCCGGCUACCAUGGACUAUAAAUCAUCAUCCCUAGAACAAUUGCCCCAAACUGAAGAGUGUGUGUAUGUGAACUAACCCGAGCCUGUAAUAAACUAGAUAGAAUUUA